AUGUCCGACCUCGAUGCUGAUAUAGCUCCUCCAGAUACUAUCCUAGACGAUGAAGGGGGGCCAUCCGAUGAAGGCGAAGGCGAUAAUAUUAAUCCCCUCUCCGACGAUAGCUCGGAGGAAGUGCCCACUGAUGAGGAAGAGGCGGUAAAGCUUCGUAAGGAUUUUAUUGUGGAUGACGAAGAAGAGGAGGUGGAAGAAGAUGAAGAGAGGCAUCAUCAUAGACGUAGGAAGCGGAGGAGACGACGAGUGAGUUUGGACGCUGAUGAUCUCGAGCUCGUGGAAGAGAACACGGGCACCCGAGUGGAUCGCUUACGCACCCAUGGGCUAUCUCGUCUUCGAAGAGGCCGUGCAUCUCCUUCUGCGUCUCCCCCACCGAUUUCUAAAACCAGGCAUCCUGAACUUUCCGAAGACGAAUCUGUCGCUGAGCCAGCAGAUCUCUCAAAAAUUUUUGAUGACAGAGGGCGAGACGUUAGAGGAGGUUUUGAUGACAUGGAUCUGGACGAUGAGGAUGAUGCUUUCAUUGACGAUGACGAUGACGAGGACCUGGAUCGUGAAAUGGGAGACGAGGAACGCGAGGAACGACGAAGAGAGAAGAGGCGUGAUGAAAGGCAGCGUCGGAAGGCCAUGGGUGCUCGGCCAGAACUUGCUGGGAUUGAUGCAGCAGCUUGGGAUGAGAUUUGGGACGUCUUUGGCCUCGGGACCGAGUAUGACUGGGCGUUAGACAACGAUGAAGACAUUAGCGACCAUGAAAGAGAAAAGGAGCUGAAAUAUCAAGAUGUAUUCGAACCUUCUGAGAUAGCAGCAAGGUAUCUUACUGCAGAUGAUGAUCUGAUACGUGCAACGGAUGUUCCUGAGCGGAUGCAGCUCACGACAAGUUCUCUCUCCCCCUCCACUUCCUUGGCACAUAGUUCUACCUAUGCUCCAUUCCCCGAAAAUGAACUCGAUGCCGCCUCUGAGUGGGUCGCCACUCGGCUCUCUUCGCGCGUCCAUCGCGAAUAUAUCUUGUCUGAUGGGAGGUAUCAUGGUUACUUUGUGAACUUGAUUCUGGCUUUACGCACUGCCCUCAAAUUCCUUUUGCACGAUCAUUUCGAAGUCCCAUACAUCUGGACACAUCGAAGGGAUCUUCUUUCCGUUUGGGAGCCUGAAAGGGCUGUGGCACGCAUAGAACUGCUGAGCCGAGAAGAGCUGUGGAGAGUACAGCUCUUGGGCACGCGAUACCGUGGUUUACACGCCCGGAAACAAACCCUUAUAGCAACGUACAGGCGCAUGCAAGUCGUUGACGAUCAUUUCGAAAUGGAUAUUCUACCUUCUCUUGACAGUGUCGAUUCGGUGGCAGAUGCCAUGGAGUGGCUGUCUCUGCGCUAUAAGCAGCAGCAUAAAGAUGCUCUGGAGAUCGAAGAGGCAGGCACAGAUGGCCAGCGGCGGAAGAAGCCCAGCCGAAUGUCUGCAUAUGAUGUUGCUAAAGGAAGCACCGUCUCCCAAGUUGCCGAGAGCUUUGGCAAUGUGAGAGAUAUGGUCCGUCAGAUGCUCAGCGCCAACAUGCAUUACUUUGUCGAGGACAAGGACGUUUCCCCUCUCGUGUGCGCCGAGGAAUUUGUCAACGGUGCCCCUGGUUCAACGUCCACGGAAGACGUUCUCAAAUCAGCUCGAUUCAUUGUUGCCACGGAACUUGGUAAGGAUCCUCAGCUGCGGAAAAUGGUACGGGAGACUUUUAAAUCGAAGGCGACCGUCAGUGUGCGUCCGACAGAAAAGGGGGCAGUAAAAAUUGAUGACCAGCAUCCUUAUGCCUCUUUCAAAUACCUCCUAAACAAACCGGUGGGGAAUAUGCAACAAGACGCCCAAUUCCUUCACAUAUUGAAUGCUGAAGCUGAACACCUUGCCACGGUAUCGAUUACACUCGCACCUGGGGAUUAUAAAGAACUUCACGAUAUGAUGCUGAAUGCCAUCAAGUCCGAUGGCUUCAGUGACAAUGCUAGCGCCUGGAACCACCAGCGGGCAUUGAUUAUCCAAGAGGCCUUGGAGAAGCAUCUACUACCUGUUGGUGUGAAGUUCGUCCGAGAGUGGCUCAGGGAAGAAGUCGAAGAUAAUCUCGCUACCAAGUGUGCCGCGGUUCUUGAACAGCGUGCUGAAGUUGCACCCUAUCGCCCACCAGAGUUUGAGAAGGGGGAUGUUCCUGCUGUUCUCGCUGUCUCCUGGGGUAAGGGUGAUCCUCAAAAAGACCCAAUAUAUGCAGCCUUCCUGGAUGACGCUGGCCACUUGCGUGAACAUGCUCGCUUCGACAACCUCAUGGAUCCUGCCCAUCGUCUUGAUUUCGGUGAUCUCAUUUCGCGCCGUGUGCCAGAUGUAAUUGUGGUCGGAGGGUUCUCAAUUUUGGCUACGCGACUUAUGGAACGAGUUCGCGAAGUAGUCGGUUACACGGAUGGUGCGAAUGAAGACUCUGGCCCGAAGAAACUUGUACCAGUGGUAUGGAUGCCUGACCAAGUCGCCCGUAUCUACCAGCAUAGUAAACGUGCGGAGGAAGGGUUUAGCGGCCUACCACCCGUUGGGAGAUACUGUGUUGGGCUUGCUCGAUACGCCCAAAGUCCUGUCAAUGAAUACGCUGCCCUCGGAUCUGAUUUGACUGCCAUAUUUUACAGUGAUGACCAACAUCUGGCAAGUUCGACUAACGCUCUACCCCAAGAUCGCUUGCUAACAGCACUUGAGCGAACGCUCGUCAACAUUGUAAAUGAGGUUGGCGUUGACGUGAAUCGUGCCGUGACGGACGGAUACUAUGCAAAGUUAUUACCCUUCGUCGCCGGUCUCGGCCCCCGCAAAGCCCAAAUGAUCAUCAAGCGCAUUGGCACCUUGGGCGGCUCCGUUCUUAAUCGCGAACAAUUCAUCACGGAUGAGAUAAUGACUCAACAAGUAUUUUACAAUGCUGCUGGAUUCCUUCGAAUUUCUCAAGAUGCGAUCGAAGAUAAACGCGGCCGUCGCAUCGCCGAGCGUAAUAAACAACAGGACCCUCUCGAUGCCACUCGUGUUCACCCUGAGGACUACGACCUAGCUCGUCGUAUGGCCGCCGGCGCUUUGGAACUCGAUGAUGAAGACGUGGCAGACCAGAAUGCCUCCACGGUUGUAACUCAGCUGAUGCAAGACGACGAUAAUAAGAAAAAGCUGGACGAUCUUAGUUUAGACGACUUCGCUAUCAAUCUACAGAACACAAACGAUAUCCUGAAACGACACACAUUGGACAUGAUUCGGGAUGAGCUCCUGAAUCCUUUUGGAGAGCAACGUCCGGAAAUGUCACCCAUGGGCGAUUGGGAUAUUCUGUCCAUGCUCACUGGAGAGACGAAACGCACACUUCACCCGGGGAGAGUGAUUACCGUCACCGUUGGUCGAGUGCGGAGUCAGCAGGUUGACGUCCGAACAGAUUCUGGUCUUGAUGGAUACAUCACACGCGAGUACCUCACCGCUGACAACAGGGAACCAUCAACCGUUGUGAAUUCGCGUCAGUCUAUUCAAGCCGUAACAACUAAGGUUGAUGUUGAACCUGGCCCAAGAGUUCGACUAGCUCUCGCUUCUCGUCCGGAUGCUAUCGCGCAAGCGGACGAGGAAGCUCGUAGCAUCCGUGCUGAUCAGUAUUAUGAUCACCAGGCGGCUACUGCAAACAAAGAACUUCAAGAUCGCAAGCAAAGGAGUGAAGCGAACCGUGCUCGGAGAGUCAUCAAGCACCCUGCGUUCAAAAAUUUCAAUGCGAAAGAAGCAGAAGCCUAUCUUGCCCCACUGCAGCAUGGUGAUGCUGUCAUUCGGCCAUCCUCAAAGGGACAGGAUCACCUUGCCGUCACUUGGAAGGUCGCAGACAGCGUGUAUCAACAUAUCGACGUCGUAGAAGUGAAUACCAAUUCAGGCCAGGUUGAUUCUAGCGGCCCGCAAUACAUCAUUGAUAAUCAAUAUCACUAUGUUGAUUUGGAUGACUUGCUGGUGAACCAUGUGAAGGCUAUGUCUCGCAAGGUUGACGAUUUGUUGUCAGCCGAGAAGUAUAAGGGCGGUUCAGAUCAAGAACUCCAAAACUUCCUCACAAACUUCGUUAAAAUGAACCCAACACGAUCAUCCUAUGCAUUUGGACUGAAUCGCAGCAGACCUGGUUACUUUAACUUAUCUUUCCUUGCCAACAUUAACUCCCCAAUUCAAACCUGGCUCGUCAAGGUCACUCCAACUUCAUAUCGAAUGUCUGAUGUGGAAGUAGGAUCGGUCCCCGAUCUUUGUGAUGCUUUCAAACGGAAGCAUCAAAAGGAUAUGAAAUCCAUGGGUGCAUCUGGGAAAACACCCUUUGGAGCUGGUCGCAUGACCCCGGGCCGUAUGACUGGUGUAACGCCUGGUUACGGAACAACAUAUGGCAAGACACCAAACCCUUACGGACUUGGAGCAACAAAAACUCCCAACCCCUCUCAUGCAACACCCCUUGGUAACUUCACGCCUAAUCCUACCCAGUUUGGGAUGACACCUUGGCAGCCCCCAGUGCAACAUGGUGCCACUCCCCGCAGUUCAUAUACCGGAAUGAACCCCGACCGUGCACGGAUGAUCCAAGAAGCAAACAGUGGGUGGGGAACGACCCCCCGACGCUAA